AGACAUGGACUGUGUUUACAAUUCUACGUGCUCGACUUCAUCCUCUGUAAUUGUAAACAAGCUUAAUUAAGAUGUCACAUUGACCUCACGUGGUCAUCAACUAGUAUUUAAAGGAAGAACACUGGGCAGAACAAUUAAGGACAGGCAAUUUCCACUGAACGAGUUAUCAGUUUUUGCCGAAAUGGCUUUUAUGCGCAGCGUCACUGCUUUUGUGUUGUUUAACGUCGUAUUGAUACCGUAUAGCGCGGAUUGUUUGGUGUGUUCGCACUGUACAGGAGUAGCGGACCCUAACGCGUGCAGAAGUACACAACUAUGUUCUCCGGGUCAGUCGUGCUUCCAAAGAAGCAGGACAACUCAAUCUGGCACGGUCACCUAUGACAUGGGCUGCAUGGACACACAGAUUUGCGCAGUUAAUCUCGGGUUACCAAUAGUUGGAAGGUCGAUAACCAAGAGAGAGAAAUCCGAUUGCCAACAGUGUUGUUCCGUUGACAACUGCAAUGAGAACCUUUGUACACUCGGAUCAUUGACGCAAUCCUUCUUACUAUUCGUCGACAGCCGAAACAGUGCGGUGUUUAGAAUGGACCUGGCGACACAAAGUUAUGUUCUGAUCGAGUCAUUGAAUCCCGUCGUUACAAACCCAGUGGCUAUAGACUACGACUAUGUCCACCAGAACGUUUACUGGACGGACGUCUUAAGCAAGCUCAUCGUUCGAGGACACGUCGGCGGAGCCGGAACCACAAUAAUUGAGUCAUUGUCUAGCAGUUCAACUGCGGACGGUCUAGCUAUCGACCCUGAAUCACGGCUGCUGUUCUACACUGACACCGGCACUGAUGUGAUUGCUGUCCUAAAUAUCGACACAAGAAAAGAAACUGUUAUAAUUGACAGCGGUCUGGACCAACCUAGGGCCAUCACAUUGGAUGUAAAGCAAAGGAAAAUGUAUUGGACCGAUUGGGGAUCACAUCCAAAGAUUGAGGUUUCAAACUACGAUGGGACAAAUAGACGGAUACUUGUUGAUUCUGGACUACAACUUCCGAACGCUGUCGCAUUAGAUCCAACGGAUGCUGUCAUUUACUGGGCCGAUGCCGGAACUGCCCAAAUAGAGAAAAUGAACCUCGAUGGCAGCAAUCGACUAACUUUGUCGAAUGGCGGAAGUACAUCGCAUUACUUUGGUCUUGCAGUUGAUGACCAUGCACUUUACUAUACAGACUGGAACCGAAAUUCUGUGAUGACAUUGCCAAAAUCCGGUGGUACGGCUGUGCCUUUCGGCAAACCAGCUUUCGGCCGUCUGAAUGACAUCCAUGCAUACACCGGCCCUCAGUCAAACACAGGUAACAACGCCUGUGUUGAUGGUAAUGGCGGAUGUGAUCAUAUAUGUCUUCCACUGGCUGGAAACAGCAGGACGUGCGUUUGCCAACAGGGGUACACUCUCCAGACUAACGGAAAAUCUUGCAGCGGAUCUGCAAGCGUUCGUCUUACUGGUGGAAACUCCACGAGUAAAGGUCGCGUUGAGGUUUCUCUGAACGGUGGUUCGUGGGGGACAAUAUGUGACGACCGUUUCGGACCUGAAGAGGCCAACAUCAUUUGUUCCAUGCUUGGUUUUCAAAGGACAGGUGCUAUUGCGAAAGACAAGUCCUAUUUCGGUCAGGCCCAAUCUUCGCUUCCAAUAGUACUAGAUGACUUGGACUGUAUUGGCACAGAGGGCUCAAUUCUAGAAUGCAGUCAUAGUCCACUUGGCUCCACAGAUUGUUCGCAUAACGAAGACGCAAGCGUCAUAUGCGCCUCAGAGGGGCAGGUGUACCUAUCUGGAACCGACAACAAUUACCAAGGACGUGUGGAAGUCUUCCUGAACGGACGCUGGGGUACGAUUUGUGAUGACAGCUUCGGCCAGAAUGAAGCGAAAGUCGUGUGUGGAAUGCUCGGAUUUCCCAGGAAUGGGUCAUUAUCUAGAGGAGCUUCGGCGUUCGGGCCAGGUGUUGAGACGGAGCCUAUCCAUCUUGACAAUGUCCAGUGUGCAGGAACAGAGGCGUCCAUCCUGGACUGUCAGCACAACAGAGUGGACGUCAGUGACUGUGGUCAUAGCGAGGACGUUGGAGUUUUAUGUCAGGCGGAUGCGUCAGUAAAAGUGCGACUUACCGGCUCAAGUUCCAACUUGGAAGGCAGAGUUGAAAUUUCGGUCGAUAAUGGUGCAACGUGGGGUACGGUAUGUGAUGACAACUUCGGGACCGCUGAAGCGGGUGUUGUCUGCGCCAUGAUGGGAUUCAGCAGAACCGGGGCAGCUGCUCGGGGAAGUGCUUAUUACGGGGCUGGUUCAUCGUCGCAGAACAUUCUCCUUGACGACGUCACGUGUACCGGAAGUGAGUACUCCAUAAUGCAGUGCCAGCACAGUGUCGUGGGUACGAGCAACUGUGCCCACAGCGAGGACGUGGGUGUCACAUGUCAGCGAUAAACACCAAUAGCAACAUUAUGUUUUCUUUUUUUCUUUCUUCUGUUUACCUUGAUUUUCUUGAUUGGGAUUAUGCAAGAUAACAUAUAAAUGAUAUAUGCAGAAUAAAGAAUUCUAGAAGCAAUAA